AUGCUUUUUCGUUUGUUGUACACCGCCGUCUUGGUUGCGCGUUGGAGCGUGUUUGCUUCGGCCGGUCCGGCCGCGCGACCCUUCCGCGCCUUCGUUGAGACACUGUCUAGGAGGAGCUCGAAUGCGUUGUACGAGACUCUUUCACAAGGCAGCUAUGCUUCGCCCGCUGAGUGUGUGGCAGCGUCGGCUGCAUAUGUGUUGCCUUUAAUGGAUGCAGUGGAGAAUUUCGGGGAAGCUGUUAAACCGCACGUACCCCCUUUGGCGCAGGAUGCUUUACAGAGCAUUCACAAACUAUCGCAAUUCUACUCACAAGUGCCUUUUCUUUCCUACACGAUGUCGACACUGAUCUACUCCGGUCUAGUGAAGAAGAACCAGUUGAAGACAUCGUACUUUGUACGUUACCACUUCCUCCAGUCGCUGAUCCUUUCGUCCUUCCAAAAUGCGCUUGCUAUGUUUUACUUCAAGCUGCUGCCCAUAGACGCCUCGUCUCAGGAUUUCGUCUCCGUUGUUAGUCUGAUGUCUGCAGUCAUAAGUUCAUUCGGAGCUGUGUUCUACUGCGUUUUUCAUGCAAUAUUGGGGCGUUUCGCUGCGCUCCCCAUUAUUUCGGAUGCCGUGCAGCUGCACAUCGGCGAGAUACCCUCCAACGAGAUUCUGAAGAGGCGCAUCACAGAUACGGAUUCAGUCGCUGCAAUGCGUUGA